AUGCUGAUAUGUGAUUGUCGGGAAGUCUCAGCUGCAAACAUUGGAGGUAGUUGCUUUACAGUAGGUGCUGGUGAAACUGAUGCCAAUUCCAAACUCUGCCAUUUAAAUUGUUACAAAUCUAAUCAUACGUGUAUUAAAAAGGUAGAAGACGAUGAAGUAGAGAGUGUUGUAGAAUGCAAUGGUACUUCAUGUUACGCGGAACUUCAUGUGAGUGGACGUACAAGUAAAGACUGUGGUACACGAUGUUUUGAAGCUGGCGAGCAAUGGCCUACAUGUUGUAAGGAAAAUGGUCAGUCGUUUCGUACAGCUGUAGGCGAUUCUGUAUAUUGUUGUCUUGGCGCAAACUGUAAUGCUAAUCUGAAGACAGAUGUAGUUGAAGAUGACGAUGAUCUUGAUGACGAAGAUGGUAGCAGACAACUAUACAGUCCUUUCUGGGCUUAUGUCUUUACUAUUUUGAUGUUAAUUGAGCAGUUAUUCUUAGAAGUAAAAAUGUGUGAAAAGAUGUAUGUAAUUUGGGUUAAAAACUUAGCAGAUGUUUGA